CCGGAAGGGGACUCCUUCUCCGGCGGUAGUGUUGAUGUUUUUGAGUUGCUGCUGCUUCUGCAUCUGAGGGAACCGUAGACAGAAGGAUGGUGUGCGAAAAAUGUGAAAAGAAACUUGGUACUGUUAUCACUCCAGAUACGUGGAAAGAUGGUGCAAGGAAUACCACAGAAAGUGGUGGAAGAAAGCUGAAUGAAAAUAAAGCUUUGACUUCAAAAAAAGCAAGAUUUGAUCCAUAUGGAAAGAAUAAGUUCUCCACUUGCAGAAUUUGUAAAAGUUCUGUGCACCAACCAGGUUCUCAUUACUGCCAGGGCUGUGCCUACAAAAAGGGCAUCUGUGCAAUGUGUGGAAAAAAGGUUUUGGAUACCAAAAACUACAAGCAAACAUCUGUGUAGAUGUAUUGAUGAAGUUACUGGCUUUCUGUGAUUUUUCUUUCUGCUUUGAAUUUUCAAGGCAUAAAUAGAUGUUCAACUUAAAAAUAACCUAUUUCAGGACAAAUGAUUAAGUUUUAGCCAGGAAAGUUGAUGAGUAUUCAUUCUUUUGCUCUCAAAAUGUUCUAAACAGCAAAAAUGUAACUAAUAUUUUCCUUUAAGUGGUUAUUAAGAGCAUUUUUUGAACUAAAGUGGCAAAUUUAAUGAAAAGGUAUUUCUGAGUUCUGUAUGCACUUUUUAACUUAACAUUGUUUUAUCUUAUCCCCUCCAUCUACUUUUAUUUAUAGAUAUUGUAAAAGUGAGGAGAUUAUUGAUACUUUGCCUUGAACUUGGCAUCCAGAAUGAGAAUUCAUACCUCAUUCCCUUACUGAUGGCAUAGUUCUUAAGAGUCAGCAAUCCCUAAUGAAUUGCAGUUUCAGAGGAUAUUUAAAUAUUUGAGGCCAUUAUUGCCGAAUAGUUCCUUAGUAAUUAAUUCAGACCCAAAUCAAAGACAAGUUGGAUUUGUGAUUUUAAAAAAAUUUGUUUUUGAAGUCAAAGUGCCAGUUCCUUUCAUAUGAGAACAAGAAUACAAGGAGUACCUGUGUGUCCAUAUGAAUACACUGGUUUUCCGAAAACAUAUUACACAUAUUAAUGGCUUGAAUUCAAAUUGAUAUGAAAGCUAUGAGAAUGGUGUUCAUCCAUGUUGAUGUGUAUUGAACACGAAUCCCCCUCCUUUGGAAAAGCUCUUUGAAGCAGAUAAAAAACUUUCUUUUUUUAACCUCCUUCCCACCCCUCAAAGAAAUAAAUAGAACAAAGCAAA